AUGCACAGAACUUAUUCUUUGAGAUCUUCCAGAGCCCCAACGGCCUCCCAGUUGGCCACUCCGCCACCUCCACCAUCGAGCACCAAGGGUAAAUUCUUUGGUACCACCUCCAUUGCUUCCUCCAUCAGGAAGUCUGCUGCCGGAUCGUUUGGUCCAGAGCUCUCAAAGAAACUCUCUCAAUUGAUCAAGAUUGAGAAGAACUUCGAAAGAAGCGUCGAGCUUGUCGCCAGGGAGAGAAGGGCUGUCGCCAAGCAGCUCUCUCUCUGGGGAGAGGAGAAUGACGACGACGUUUCCGACGUCACCGACAAAUUGGGUGUUCUGAUCUAUGAGAUUGGUGAGCUGGAAGACCAGUUUAUCGACAAGUACGACCUGUACAGAAUCACCCUCAAGAGCAUCAGAAACAUUGAGGCCUCUGUUCAGCCAUCGAGAGACCGGAAACAGAAGAUCACCGACGAGAUUGCUCACCUGAAGUACAAGGAUCCACAGUCUCCUAAGAUCCCAAUCUUGGAGCAAGAGCUCGUUAGAGCCGAGGCCGAGUCGCUUGUUGCUGAGGCUCAAUUGUCCAACAUUACGAGAGAAAAACUGAAGGCUUCUUUCCUUUACCAAUUUGACGCGUUGAGAGAGCUCUCUGAAAAACUUGCUCUGAUUGCCGGCUACGGAAAGGCUUUACUUGAGCUGUUAGACGACUCUCCAGUGACUCCGGGUGAGACCAGACCUGCGUACGACGGCUACGAGGCAUCCAAGCAGAUCAUCAUCGAUGCUGAGAAUGCUCUGGCCUCAUGGACUUUGGACAAUUCCUACGUCAAAGAGCCUGCUCUUUCUCUGCACCAGACUGUUGACGAUGUGUACGAGGAGCACCAGACUGAGGACGCUGAGGCUCAAUGGGCCGAGCACGAGAACCAGCAGUAA